AUGAAUAGUAUACAGUAUGCAUCUAAUCUGUCUAGUCCUCACCCCAAUUAUCCAUAUGCUGCGACCGUUCCCCAACGCCAUCCUGAACGACCAAGACCAUCCAGUGCUCGAGAUCCUGUUUACGCGGACUUAUUAGAUAGUUUAUUUUAUAACCAAACAGCCACUCCACAAAGUCGUCUUCAACCCAGCACUACAACCAUCUUUGAUGGGCGUGCUACAUCAGCUGACCGCGGCUCUAAUUAUCCUGUUGGACCUAGGGGUUAUCUGAAUUCAUCUGCCCAACGCUAUGGUCGAUCCGCCUAUCUUCCUGGAUACAUUAUUGAUCAAACAACUUCAUAUCAACCAUUAAAUUCAUGCAUAACAUCCACGCAGUCCAUGGGAAACCGCAGGGCACAAUCUUAUGAUGUGAAUCUUGAAAGACAAGGCCUUUCGGAACACACUAAUGCAAUGCAGUCGACCGGUAUAAACACAAAUCCUGGCGGAUACAAUUAUUAUGGAAAUGUUGGAAGUGAACGAAUGAAUGGUUUAGGCGGUGGUGCACCAAUUAUGAAUCCUGUAAUGGAUUAUAGAAAUUUCUCCGGUGUUUCUGGCUAUAGUGGAUAUGGUACAAAUCUAGGAGGGAGUUCGGGGUUGAUGACGUUUCAAAAUAGUGCGGAUGUUAUAAGCCUUCAGUGUGAGUGCGUCAGGCUUAACCAAGAACUAGAAGUCACUAAAGAGAAAUUGAAUGCCUGUAUGACAAGUAUUCGUACCUUUUGGAGUCCGGAGCUUAAGCGUGAACGUGCAAUGAGGAAAGACGAGAACGCUAAGUAUGCCAUUCUUGCAGAUCACCUCCAUCAACUUCAAUUAGAAAAACAGGUAUGCUGUAACAAACUAACUCAUAAUUAA